UUCUAUCUGACUUGCUUACACUUAUCGUCUUUCUAUUUUUUAAGUCAGUUAUUAAAUUAAUUUUUAAAAAUCUAGAACACCAGUUUCAGAAGACAAGCUCCACUCAUGAGGAAGGAACCUAGAUUACAGGCAGCCUUGGAACUAAGAUGCCGCUUGGGUUUUCUGGGGCAUAAGUUGCAAGCCUUUAUCUUUCUGAUGAAUUUUGUGAUGCUCUAUAAGUUUCUCUUUCUCUUUGUGUACAAAUCUCAGUUGUUCCCUCUUGAUUUUCAGGGAUUCUUAGUCAUGGUGGGGAAGCCUGUGCUUCACUACUUCAAUGGCAGGGGCAGAAUGGAGUCCAUCCGAUGGCUUUUGGCUGCAGCAGGAGUGGAGUUUGAAGAAAAAUUCUUUGAAACACGUGAAGAAUUUGAAAAGUUAAUCCAAGGUGGAACCCUGAUGUAUGAACGAGUGCCCAUGGUGGAAAUGGAUGGAAUGAAUUUGGUAGAAUCCAGGGCCAUUCUAAGAUACACAGCUGCAAAAUAUGGCUUGUAUGGAAGGAACCUGAAGGAGCAAGCCUGGAUUGACAUGUAUGUAGAAGGCUUGAGGGACCUGAGUGACAUGAUUAUGUACUUUCCACUAUCUCUGCCUGAAGAGAAGGAAAUGAAUCUUGAGUAUAUUCUCCAGCGAGCCAUUACGAGAUUCUUCCCUGUCUAUGAGAAGGCACUAAGAGACCCUGGGAAAGAUUUCCUUGUGGGCAGUCAGCUGAGCUGGGCUGAUAUACAGCUCCUUGAAGUCAUCUUAAUGGCUGAAGAGUGCAAACCCAGUGUCCUCUCAGGCUUCCCUCUGCUACAGGAAUUCAAGGUCAGAAUCAGCCACAUCCCCACAAUUUACAAAUUUCUCCAGCCUGGAAGCCAGAGAAAGCCUCCAAUGGAUGAAGAAUCCAUUAAGAAAGUGAAGAAAAUAUUCAAAUUUGAAAAUGGCAUGUUUCUCAAAAACAUGAGCACUAUAGAAGCUGAGUAUUAACAAUUCAAGAGGUUGAAUUCAAGAGGUUCAGGACAUACUGCACACUUCAUUUAUAGAAAGGCCCAGUAAAAUAUCCUAAAGAUAUGUUAAUAAAGAAACAAAAGUAAUAAAUGCAUAAGGAAAUAAAGUCCCUAAAACUUGCCUGCAAAUUAGAAAACUCCUUUUCUAUUUUUCCUAAAUAUUCUGACACCACUUAGAAUGAUCCAAAUAUGAAUUCUUUUAAAAAAAUGAUAAAGAAUUCUUCUGGAUUUUUCAUGUGCAAAGAGUGAAAUCAUAAGUAAGCAAACAGAUAUCAAGGAUUUCUUUAAAAACCAAAAACCGAAUGACAAGAAGGGCAUGUAUCACCAUCAUUCACUUCUACCAUCUUUUGGAAACAGUCCAGGACUCUGUACAGCUUCAAUUAGUUCCUAAAACUUUGUCACUUGAGUAUGUCACAGGUAUUGCAUAUAUUUCUAUGAUCAAUUUCUAUAUCACUGUCAUAAUCAAAGGCUGAGUAGAAGCUGUUGUCAGUCUGAACCUGCAGGCUUUUCCCUUCAUCUUUGACAGGUGACAAAUAAGGAGAGUAGCUCAGUUAUGACAGUAUGUUCCAGCCUUGCUUGUGGUUAACAAUCUCUUUGGCAUCCUUAGGAUUGAUGGGAUUUUUCUUUUUUAAAGUAUAUCAAGGACUUUGUUUAAGUUUCCUUUGGGGUUCAACCAAUGGUUUGGGUUUUUUUUCCUCUUAAUUGAAUUCCUUGUCACUAUCAGCUGGCAAAUGAAACCAACCUAACAAACCAGAUCUAUUCUGCUGCUAUGGGCUGAAGACUCUGCACUCCCUCACUUAAACAAAGGGUAUGGAAACCAAUAGGACUAAAAUCACAGGCUUUUAGACUUCUGAGGGGUUUUGUUGACCAUUAAGUUAAAGUCUUCCUUGAGGAAGUGGAAUUGAGUCCAGAGACAGGGAGUAACCUCCCAAGAACACAAUAGUCAGCGGCAGGUGCCUUGGACAUUAGAAGUUAUAACUAUGCCCAAAUUUGAAGUGGUGAUUUGAGGGGGAAAAAAAUACAACAACAAAACUUUUUAAGACAUUUUUAUUUUUUUAUUUGAAUACUGAUAUAUUCUGUUAGAGUAUAUCCAGAACGGAAUUCUUUUAAAGGAAAAAAAUAACACUGGCAGAAAUUAAAUGCAAUUAAAAUGGAAAAAAAAUAAAAUUUCUGAUAUAGCACAAGUAACAAACAUCUAAGUUAGUAUUUUGUGAAGUCUACUUAGGAAAUUCCUUUAUUGGAUAAGUUGUAGUUUAAUUUAAACUUGAGUCAUCAGUAUUUGGAACUGUCAAAAACAAUAUUACAAAUAUAAAAAUAGCCACAGCAAGUGAAAGAGCUUAUCGGGAUUCAUUAAACACCUUUAAUGAAAACAGUGCUUAACAAAUAGAAACAGUUUAAAUUUUUGCUGUUUUUUUUUUAAAAAAAAAAACUACCUUAAACUUUUAUUCAUCUUAGAGGAGACA